UGUAUUUUGAAAGUACCCACCGGAAGUGUCAGUACGUCUCGUUAUGUUGUGAUGCACUUCUUCAGUAAACCAUCGUGAUAAAACGCACAUGUAAUCUCUGGUUAUUUUUUUAAUAGACUGAAUUAGUUCAUGUGUUCUUGUGUUUUAAAGGUUUCGGUGUUUUCGAGGUGAGUGGAUGACAAAGUGGGUAAACUGCGUGAAUGCAGCGGGAAUAAAGGCCGGUUGAGACGCUGUGUGUAAUGAAGAGGGAAGCUGUCCGUGCAGAUGCCUGUUCAAAACACAGCAGACAUCAAUAAUUCGUUUCCAAAAUAAUUUAGAAGAGCACGAUCCUCCUUUGAGUACUUGAACACUUUCAUGGAUCAAAGUGAGACAGACAAAUGUAACCAACGCGUGUUUCACGGUGAUCGGCGGCGAUCGAUUCUGCGCAGGCCUGGUUCGUGUCACACGAGCCUGCAGUUUAUUUUAAAGAGGAGCCGACACCAUGAAUGAAGUGGAUUAUCUUGAUCAUAACAGAGCUGAGAGUCUGGAUUUUGAAGAAAAACCGGAGAUUAAACCUCCAGAUGUUGAACAGCUGCAGGACGCUGAUAUAAACCAAACCGCUGUAUUCCCUGCAGAUGUCCAGCAGAUGUUGGUGAUUAAAGAAGAAGAGCUACCCUGGACCCCCAGUCUGGACCAGCAGAACCCAGACCACCUCCACAUAAAGGAGGAGCACGAGGAGCUGUGGAUCGGUACAGGAGGAGCGUAUCUUGCUGAUAGCACUAGGCGCACAUUGUCUUCUAUUUCCAUGAAGUGUGAAGAUGAAAGAGAAGAAAAACCUCAGAUUGUACAGCUUCAUCAAAGUCAGACUGAAGACGAUGCGGAAGCAGAAGCUCCAAACAGCAGCUCAGCUACAAAGAUCAACAAUGAAAUUGAUGAAGAGGAUUGUGGAAGACCAGAAAUCGCCAGGAACUCUAAACCAAAUUUCCAUUUGCAACUAAAUGCUGUUGAGAAGGCCCCAGACUCUUCUGAAACAGACAUCAGUGAUGGAGAUGAUUGGCAGGAACCUUUGUCUGAUCCUGGACCUGCAAACGAAGAUGGUGACAGUGGUUGCAAUAUACCUAAAUCAAACUUGAAAACUCUGAAAUCGCUGAAAAGCAAGUGUUCUUUUCAGAGAAGGAAGACAUGUCAUUCAUUCAAAAGGCCUCAUGGCUGUUUGUCUAAUGAGAAAUUUAACAGAGUGAAACAAAGUGAACCUUCAAAGAUGAAAAUCAACACAGGAGAAAAAACAUUUACCUGUGGUGUUUGUGCAAAAAGAUUUAAACAGAAACAAAAUCUGAAGACGCAUAUGAGAGUCCACACAGAUGUCCAACAGCUGUUGGUGAUCAAAGAAGAGGUUUCCCAUGAAUGGAGCAAUAGUCCGGACCAGAAGGGCCCAGAGUUUCUCUUUAUAAAGGAGGAACAAGAUGAACUCAGGAACAGUGAGGUGGGAGAGCCACUUAAUGAUCUAACGAAGGCUGAUAUCAUCAGGUUCCAACUCACUGCUGGUCCUGUGAAGACUGAAAAUGAUGAAGAGAAGCCUAACUCUUUACUUCUCCUUCAAAAUCAAAUGGGAGAGGCAGUCUCUCCACUUUGCAGCUUAGCUAAACAGAUAAAAACAGAAAGUGAUGGAGAGGACUGUGAUGGACCUGAACCUGGAUCAUGGAACCCAGAUCCAAAUACUGAUGAGAAGGCUUCAGACUCUUCUGCGACUGACGUCUCAGAUGAUGGUGAUGAUCAUGAUGAUGAUAGUGAUGAUGGUGGUGGUGAUUGGCAGGAACCUUUGUCAGAUUCUGGACCUCCAAAUGAUGACAGUGAAAAUAAUCAGGGAGCUCCUACAUCAAGCGCAAAUGGACUCAAAUCUCCAAAAAGCAAGUGGCCUGUUCAGAGGCUCAUGACAAGCCAUUCAAUGGAAACUUCCUCCAGGCAUUUGGGAAAUGUAGACUCACCCAGACAAGACAGACAAUUUAUCUGUGGUAUUUGCGGAAAACGAUUUACACAAAAACAAAAUCUUAAGACACAUAUCCGAAUUCACACUGGGGAAAAACCAUUUCAUUGUGAUUUUUGUGGAAAGCGUUUUCGACAUCUCUAUAGUUUCAAGGCGCACAUCAGAAUCCACACAGGAGAGAAACCGUUUGUAUGUGACAUCUGUGGUGAAAGGUUUACACAACAACAAAAUAUCAAGAGGCACAUCAGGGUUCACACAGGUGAGAAACCAUUCGGUUGUGGCGUUUGCACAAAAAGAUUUACACAGCAGGUGGACCUGAAGAGACAUAUGAGAGUUCACACAAGAGAAAAACCAUUUGGUUGUGAUCUUUGCAGUAAAAGAUAUAACCGGAAAACACAAUUAAGUGCACACAUGAGAGUUCACACAGGAGAAAAACAGUUUGCUUGCGACAUUUGUGGUAAAAGGUUUAACCGGAUGGCGCUUGUUAAAGCACACACAAGGGUUCACACAGGAGAGAAACCAUAUGGCUGUGAUGUUUGUGGCAAAAGAUUUAACAGGAAAUCACAUCUCAAAGCCCACACAAGAGGCCACACGGGAGAGAAACCACAUGGCUGCGAUGUCUGCGGCAAAAACUUUGUACAUCAGCGCGAUCUCAAGAUCCACACCAGAGUUCACACCGGAGAGAAACAGUUUAGCUGCACUGUAUGUGGGAAGAGAUUCACCCAUCAGGGAACUCUGACGAGACACAUGAGAGUCCACACUGGAGAGAAGCCAUUUAGCUGUGGUGUUUGUGGUAAAACGUUUACUCAGAAGGGAAAUCUAAACAGACACGUGAAAACCCACACAGAGUAACAGCUCUGAAGGUUCCGAGAAUGCACUUACCUGCUAAUGAAUAAUUUGGAUGGAUCUUUUUUGUUUGGUUGUUUUUUUGGUCAUUAAUUAUGUCUGUUCACGCUAUUGGGUGCUUUGAAGGAUGUCUUGUACUGUAUGACAAAAAUAAAGACUAUGGCUGGUGACAUUUGUAGUAGGGGUGGUACCAUGUGCUCAAAGUGAGGAAAGCUAUAUUGUAAUUGGGAAAUAUAUUACUUGAAUUCAAGCUAGCAUUUAUUUAUACAUUUUCUAUAUCCAAGGUACGUAACCAUGUUUAGUCAUGAUAUUUUUAAUAAUAAUCUAUGCUUGAGCAUUUUGUUUUUCUGCAUAAACCAGAACUCGGUGGGUGUGCACCAAAAUAAGUUUGGAUCAGCAUACAACAGUCAAACAGCAGCUAUGUGGUGUUGGAUUACACAGAACCAGAUGGACACAUCUACUCCUGAUAGCUUUUCUGGUAUGGAGUAUAUCAACUAAUGUUAUUUAGGUUUUAAUUUUGCAUUUAAUUUCAACUCAUUGUAUUUAAUCACUUUCUUUUUUGGUUGCUCUAACAGUAACUUACCAACUUCUGUAUGAAUAAAAUAUUUAUUCUUUUCA